UCCAUGCUGGCGCACUUUGUAAAAAGCGCAUGCGAGCACGCGUGCGUAAGACAGGCAACUGACCAACCAAGCUGUGUCCCCGGCACGGGGGCGUACGGAUGCAGGGUCAUCAUGCUCUCUACUGUGCCGCGCCGGCGCAUGCGACCGGCCGCCUUGGAACUGCUGGCAGCGGUGCGCGAGGUCGGCGUCACAUUCUGGCCGCGCUCCUGAUGGCGUGCGGCCACGCGAAGACGGCGGUCCUCGUGCACGGCUUCCAUCUAAGGGCCCCAAACUGGGAGACGGUCGUGUGGGGCGGCGGCGGCGGCCGCGUCGCCUACGGGUACGAUUUGGCAAUUAUCCGCGCGAAAUCAGCGGACGGCGCGGGGGCCGAGACACACAGAUUUCGCACAGGCCAAAGCGGAGGCGGCGGACCUGUUCGUGGUGGGCUCGGGCGCGUCGACGGACGAGGAGACGGGCGAGACCGAGGGUGCCGUCAUCUUACGACGCCUGCGGGAAGGAAACUCCCGAGCGUCCUCCGACGCGCUCAUAAGCGACGCGGUCGUCCUCGACGACGCCCUCAACACGCGGGAGGAGCUCGAGCGCUUCUCGGAGCUGUGCCGCGCGCGUGGCGUGGAGCGCUGUGUGGAAAUCAACCAGUGCGUCGGGUGCUAUCCUGGCUCCGUCGAGCGGCGAGGGACCGGCAUCGCCACGCCAUCGAGCAGGAGUCGCAUCGAUGGCGUGGAGGUCGACGCGACGAUUCAGAACGCGCCGUAAAAUUUUGAUUUCCACACAGGUGGAGCGCGCCUUUUGCGUGAGCUCGCCGGCGCACUGUCCCCGCGUCUGCCGCGACGCCGCGGUCGCGUUCGGGGCGCGGCACCCGACCUGCCGCUGGGCGGUGGCGCCGUGCCGCACGGACUUCUCUCGGGCGUCCGACGUCGCGAUCGUCGAGCCGCCGCACCGGCCGGAUCGCGAGCAGCCGCUCCUGCACGACGUCGUCAACCGCGUCUUCCGCCUUCCGCCGGCGGACCAGGCGGCGUUCGUCGACCACGCGGUCGCGUUUCUCGACGGCGCUGAGGGGUACCCGCCUUAGGUGAGGUUGUUGUUCCGGUGCUAGUCGAAGAAGGCCGCCACCCGGGAGACCUUUUCAUUCAUGCGGUUUUUUGUACGACUGCGCCGUCGUCGAGAGAGGCGACGACGAACCGGAGCACGCGCAUCGCCGUCAUGACCUCGCGCACCGAUUACCUGCGGGACGAGAGUUGGGCACCCUGAGAGUUGUCUCGAUUCCGAGUCCGGCGCGCCGCGGCCCGCGGCGGCGCGGCGGCGGCGCGCUCGCCCGCGACCGCGGCUCGCGGCGCGGG